GCAAUCCGUGCAUAUAAGGGCAUUGUCUCUGUUCAACACACGCUUUUCUGAAAAGUGGUUUCAGGAGAGUAUUCGUGAUGUCUGGACGAGGCAAAGGCGGUAAGGGGCUAGGUAAAGGGGGUGCUAAGCGUCAUCGUAAGGUGCUGCGAGACAACAUCCAGGGAAUUACCAAGCCUGCUAUUCGGCGUCUUGCUCGGCGCGGUGGUGUUAAGCGUAUUUCUGGCCUUAUUUAUGAAGAGACUCGCGGGGUUCUCAAGGUUUUCCUGGAGAAUGUGAUCCGUGACGCCGUCACUUAUACGGAGCAUGCAAAGCGGAAGACGGUGACUGCCAUGGACGUGGUGUAUGCUCUCAAGCGUCAGGGGCGCACUCUCUACGGCUUCGGCGGCUGAAGUCUCCGCUUACGCAACCCAAGUACUUCGUUUAUCAAAGGCCCUUUUCAGGGCCGCCCUCAUUUUUCUGAGAAAGAGCUAACAUCUUGCUUUAUGUUCUAGGUUGCUGUUUGUGAGACUAGUUCUUGAACGUGUGUCUAACUUGCAAGAACAAUAUUUUGCAGUGUUUCAUUUAUUUGUGGUUUGGGUGUAAAAAUGCCUUACGCUUUUUUUUUUUUUUUAUGUCUUCUUGUAAUUUGUGUGAUUAACACUCAAAAGGGGCAAAAUGGAGACGCUAGACUGGGACUGUUUCAAGUCCCCGAGAAGUGUUCGCAAGGUUCUUGGGUAUUUGCGGAGAAGGUGAACUGGAGAGCCUGAGUUAGCGCGCUCAAAAUGGCGGGCAGGGGGAGGGACAAAGAAAGCCCGCGCUUGGGCUACGGGCCGGAAACGGGUGACUACCGGAGCGGAAAGGAGUGCCUCCCGGAAGGAGCACGGCCCUUAAAACUGGCGGCGUGUGCAUUGCUUUCUGCGGAUGAUUAAAGGCCUAUGAGAAGCACUCGGGAAUAGCUUGCCAGUGUUGUUUGGUGUAGAUACUAAUGUAUUUUUACUUUAUUACCAAAACAUUAAAAAUGUAGAAUAAGACAUGCCAGCUAAACUUGUUAGCAGGUAAAGAUGAUAGCGAAAAGUGUCCUUGCAGGCAUCGGGACAUUUCACCCCACAUUAAGUAUGCACUGCUAAAAACUCCCAUAUAGUAUCGCACACCUAACUAAAACUGAAUUUCUUAAGAUUAUACUCAAUCGACAUUUUAAAGAAAUCCCACUUAUGCCCUAAAUGUUUUGGAGAUAAGGUUUGUUUAAUGAAAGAUCUAGUCAUGACUGGUUCUGUCUCAAUUCUCUGAAUUGAAAAUAGUCUCCUUCUUCCUCCUCUCCUACCCAUUUUUGGACACUGAUUUGCUGGAGGCCAGAACUAUAGAAUAUUCUUUGGAUUGGUUUGUUUCCUAAUAAGAUCAUUUUACUUUUCUAUACUAUGCCCUGUAAAGUAGAUGCGAUUUCUAUAGACCUAAUUGAAAUCAGGUUAAUAUACUUGUCAGGAACAAUUUAUAGAUAUGUACAUACUUUUGUACCACAUCAUAGAUAGGUACAUGAUGUCUGGGUUAUGUAAAGAUGAUAGAACAAUUGAUGGUUUACAAUGAUAAUCCCAUUGUAAAAUCAGUUUUUUCUUUCUUGUGUGCAGCAAGUAAUCUGUAGGGUGAUAAUUUGAAUUCAGGAAAAUCAGUGAAGUUACUUUGCAUUUGCCUUUUUUUAAUGAUGUGGACUUGUACAUAAUAUGAAAACAAUCAGAUGUUACUGGAAGUAAGACAUUGGUUUGAGGAGAAAAACUAAUAUGAGGAUGUUAAUUUAACAACAAAAAAAUUGAGCACGUAAAGUAUGUUCCAGUCACUGUUUUCUGCUGUGGGAAUUAUAACAAUGAACAAUACUGAACAAUAUUUUUAUAUUCAUGGAGUUUACAUUUAUUGGGCAUGUGUGUAUAAACAAAAGUAAAAUAUAGUGUGUCAGGUAGUACUGAGUGCCAUGAAAAUCACUAAAGCAGGAAAAAGCACAACAUGUGGAGGAAGAGGUGAUAUUUUUAAAUGAUGUGAUCAUGGAAAGCUGUAAUGAUAAAGUGAUGGUUGGAGAAAAAUGACAUUAAGAAAAUGAGGGAGUAUUCCAAAUAGAAGACCAAGUAGGAAAGCCUGGAGAUAGCAAGGAGGUAUUGUGGCUGGGCAAAGAGACACGGGGGUGGGGAGGAAAAGGGAUAAGGUCUGAGAGGCAUUUGGAGGCAUUAGUUCCUAUAUGGCCUUGUCGGCCAAUGUAACAACUUUGGCCUUUAUUCUGAGUGACGUGGGAGCUACUGUAGGGGUUUUAGCAAAGGACUAACAGGAUCUGAUUUGUAUUUUUAAAUGAGCUAUCAGAUUGCUUGAUAGAGAAUAGACUGAGGGGGCCAGGAUAGGAGCAGGGAGACCAGUUAGGAGGCUACUAUAAUAAUGCAGGUGAGAGAUGACAAUGGCUGGGACCAGUGUGUUUGUGGUGGAGGCUGAGAAAACUGGUUGGUUCUGUGUGUGUGUGU